UGUUUCCGGGACUUUUUUGUGUGUUAUUCAUAACUUUUCACUUCUGCUUCCUUCACCUGUUUGUCAUUUUACCACUAGUGUCUUCCUCUGCUAGUAUAUGAUUCUGCUUCGCUGCAUUUAAAGUGAUUCUCAACAAGGUGUACUCUAACAGGACAUCUAUGGCACUGUGGGAUAUCCUCCUCUCCAUAUUUUACACCCUGGUUUUCAUCAUCGCUGUGCCUGGAAAUGCUCUGGCGCUGUGGACCUUCUUUCACCAGAAAGGCAUCUCUUCCUCUAAGGUCUUCCUGAGAAAUCUAUCAAUCGCAGACAUCUGUUACGUCCUUAUUCUACCCAUGCGUAUAGUUUACCACCUGUCUGACAGCUACUGGCCUUUUGGGAGCAUCCUCUGUAAACUGACAUGUUUUCUCUUCUACCUGAACAUGUACUGCAGCCUCUUCCUGAUGAGUUUCAUCAGCCUGGACAGAUUACUGGCUGUAGUUUUCCCUUUAAGAUCCCAGACUAUUAGGAAGCAUUUGUAUGCAAAUAUAGCUGUUGUCAUACUUUGGGUGGUAGUUACUGUUUCUAUGAGCCCAUCACUUUUCUCAAAAAAGAACCACGACAACUCAACUGUCACGUGCAGCAUGUUGUAUCUCAAAAAUACGUCUUCCAAAGCUUUGCUCUCCACUGUUGUGGCGUUUCUCAUCCCCUUCAUCACCAUAAUUAUUUCUUAUGCAAUGAUUCUGUUGAAACUGAGAAAGCUCAAGCAGCAGGAAGAACGGCCGAUGAAAGCCAAAGCUGUCAAAAUGAUCAUCCUUAUUUUGGUGAACUUCCUCUUUGCAUUUGUGCCCUAUCAUGUGUGCAGGAUCAUGUACACUCAAAGUCACAGCUCUGAACAAACUGCAACAAACUCAUUGGUAAGAGCCAAUCAGAUCACAUCUGCACUGACCUGCAUUAGCGGCGUUUUGGAUCCUGUGAUGUAUUUUUUCUUGAAUCAAGCUUACAGGAAGACAUUUCUUCAGCUGUUUUGUAAAAAUAGAAACCAUGGUUUGUAAGAAACCUUUUUAAGGAAAGUAUUGUCUUUUUAAAAAGUUAGAAAAAUAUUUUAGUCAUCAGCUACUGUAACACGUUGCUCUUAGUUUCUCCUCAUGGCUUAUGUUGAUUUCACAAAAAGACUAUGUUUUAUUACAACAGUUUUUUUAACCAUAAUCUUCCUGAGGAACUGAAAGUUCCGUUUUACUUUUGUAGAAUAUUUGACUACAGCUGAUGUGAAACAAACUUUCACUGUCAAAUACAAGUUUUUCCCCAAUUUGAACAGGCGACAUUAUGAGGAGAAUCUUUUCAUUUUACAACAUGUAUCAAAACUUUUUUUUUUAUUAUAUACAAAAAUUGCAUCAUUUUUAAACAAAUAUUUACUAACUGUAAAAAUAUACAUUUAGCUUAACAAAAAUGUAAUGCCAAUAUGUAAUAUGUUGUCUUCUUGCUUACUGAGGAGUGCUCAGAACUGCUAUGUCCUGCAAUAUUUGUAAAAAAUAAAAUAAAAUAAAACGGGUAUUUGUACCACAAUGAAAUUA